CGGGCGUUCAUUUAACCGCGCGUGAGCUGUGGUUCACUUCUAAUUGCCUAAAAACCUCGUGCACGUGCACGCGGGCCAAUUAGGCCUAAGUGCCCGGACAACAGCGCGCGGAGGUUUAGUCAUUCAGGUGGAAUAGCGGAAUAGAUGCGCUAAUGCUCACUGACAUUCAAACUAACAGCGGUUUUCAGAUGAAUAAAUUUAAAUUGUUUCUUUCAGUAGCUUGAUGACUAUUGAAACACAUUUGUUUCAACUUUUUGACGGACCUAAUGCUGUUGGCUUUGUACGUCUCUUAUCUUGAAAGGCUUAACCGGAUGCAGCGUGAGAAACUCUGAUCUUGAUGCUGCACAAUUGAAUGCACGGAUUUAUAAAAUGUCAAAUUCCUCUGUUAACAAUAGAAGCGACUGACGUGUGUGACGACCGAAGCUGCGGCUGCGAAGGUGAAACCACCUUUGUGCCGCAUGCGCGCGCGUGACCGCGGCUCGCCAUGUGGAGGUGAACCGCUUGACUCACCUCCUGGCCGCUGGGGUUCCGCUCAGCGCACUGAGAUGACUGGGAGUCCAGCUGACUCCCCCUGGUCAUUAAUGUGCACAGCAGGACUUGACGUGUUUUAUCCGCUCCCCUCUCACGUGGCUGCAUAUGGACAUAAAGAGUCCGCGUCCAGGGCUCCAGGCGGCUCCGUGCGUCUCCGCCGCGGCGCCUCCGGCGUGUCAUGACAGGCGUCAUGGGCACGGACUUAAAAUGGAGCUGUCUAAAAGCCAGGACCUUAACGGGUUGGAACAGGCAGCAGGUGGACCAAGCAGACUGACGGACAUCUGCGGCAGUACAGCGGGCAGCACCAUGGCAUCCGUAUCGGAGUAUUAUGCUGGCAAGUGUGUCCUGAUCACCGGAGCCACCGGCUUCAUGGGGAAAGUGCUGGUGGAGAAGCUGCUGCGCUCCUGUCCCGAGGUCAAAGCCCUCUACAUCCUGGUGAGGCCCAAAGCCGGACAGUCUAUGCAGCAGAGAGUCGCCGACAUGAUGAAAUGCAAGCUCUUUGACCGCGUGCGGGAGGACAACUCUGACUUCCACGAGAAGAUCAUUCCCAUCAGCAGCGAGUUGACUCAGCCGGGCCUGGCCAUCAGUCCUGAGGAUGUGGAGAAGCUCUGUGCCUGCAUCGACAUCGUCUUCCACUGCGCCGCCACCAUCCGCUUCGACGAGCCGCUCAAGCAUGCCCUGCAGCUCAACGUGAUUGCCACACAGCAGCUCCUCAGCCUGGCCCAUCAGAUGCACCACCUCGAGGCCUUCAUUCACAUCUCCACCGCCUAUGCAAACUGCAACCGCAAGCACAUCGACGAGGUCAUCUACCCGCCGCCCGUCGAGCCCAAGAAACUCAUAGAGUCUCUAGAGUGGAUGGACGAUGGGAUCGUGCGUGACAUCACGCCACGGCUCAUCGGCGACAGGCCCAACACGUACACCUACACCAAAGCCCUGGCCGAGUACGUGGUGCAGCAGGAGCAGCACAGGCUCAACAUUGGCAUCAUCAGACCCUCCAUUGUGGGAGCCAGCUGGCAGGAGCCGUUCCCGGGUUGGAUUGACAACUUUAAUGGACCGAGCGGCGUUUUCAUUGCAGCGGGUAAGGGCAUCCUACGCACAAUGAGAGCCAACAACGAUGCAGUGGCAGACCUGAUCCCUGUGGACGUGGUCAUCAACCUCACCCUGACUGCAGGCUGGUACACAGCUGUGCACAGACCUAAAACUGCUUUGGUGUACAACUGCACAACUGGCGGCAUUAACCCAUUCCACUGGGGAGAGAUUGAGCACCAUGUGAUGUCAUCUUUUAAGAGGAACCCUUUGGAGCAGGCCUUCCGCCGACCCAACGCCAACAUCACUUCAAACUACCUGAUCAACCAGUACUGGAUCCUGGUCAGCCACAAGUUCCCUGCCCUCAUCUACGACCUCAUCCUGCGCCUCUCUGGACAAAAGCCACAGAUGAUGCGCAUCUUCAACCGGCUCCACAAGGCCAUCGGCCUGCUGGAGUAUUUCAGCAGCCAGGACUGGGAGUGGAACUCUGAGAACAUGAGCAUGCUGAUGAGCCAGCUAACGCCUGAGGACAGGAAGACAUUUAACUUUGAUGUGCGCCAGCUGAACUGGCCUGAGUACAUUGAAAAUUACUGCAUUGGCACUAAGAAGUACGUCCUGAAUGAAGACAUGUCUGACAUUCCUGCUGCCAGGCAGCAUCUGAGGAAACUGAGGAACAUCCGCUACACCUUCAACACUCUACUGGUGGUCUUCAUCUGGAGGGUGUUCAUCGCCCGCUCCCAGAUGGCCAGAAACAUCUGGUACUUCGUGGUCAGCCUCUGUUUCAAGUUCCUCUCCUACUUCCGCGCCUCCAGCACCUUAACCAACUGAGUCUUCCUCAGCACCUGGAGCCAGAGACGGCAGCCCUCGCCUUCAGCCGUCGCCUGGACAAAACAUCUGAGACUCUGACAUCCGCUGAGGACCCCCCCGGACCUUCCCUCAGCGUGGAUUGGCAGGGCUCCCUACAGGAGGGGGUUGCAGCUGGGGAAAAAGGUCUACUAGCCAUGAGUUAUUUUAGUUUUGGAAUCUGUCAUCCGUACCUGCACUGUCCAGUCACCAACACAAUCCGAUGUCCAUCAAUUUUGUAUCGACUGUUUUCUUCUCAAAGUGGCCAAUUAUAUAUGCAACAAUAGCCUUUUGUGACUUCCAUCCUCGUUUCAUCCUCCUCAAUCUAACGUUGCCUUGUAGUGAUUUAUUUUUUUUAAUACUUGAAAAACGGCAGCACUUCAGUAAAGGGAAGGUUUAGUUUUUUACUGUGGCCAUGUCCAGUUCCCCUCUAAUGUGCAGGUGGUUUGGAUAACUGUACGUUUCGCCUUUCCUACGGUUGCACAGCUGACGGUGGCCUGUCUCAAGGCCAGUCCACAUUAUUGAGACUAGUAUUAAAUGCAGAGGCUGGUAUCGGUACAGGUAUGCAAACGUUCUGCUCUUGACCUCGGUUAUUUAUCAGUGUCUGUCUCAUCCACUCUUUGCCUGUCUGUACAGCAGUUUAUACUGAAACUAGGUUUACUACUUUUACAUCUUUAUACUUGCAUCAGACUAGUCUGAUAUGUAGUAGACGUGAGCAGUGUAUUAUAUAUAAAUAAGAGUUGUCAGUCAAGUUUAUCUGUAUAGCCCAGUAUCAUAGUUUACAGUAUUGACUGAAAGAGUCAUGAGGGAAUAACUUGAACAGAUUCUAAAAGGUCCAAUGCUGUUUUACUAAAACAAAGUAUCUAAAGAAUGAGUUAAAGUCCAAGAUGGAAGGUAGAUGGUGGUUAAAGGACCAGGGUGGGACCAGUUUGAGGUGUUAUGGAGCUAGGUCAGCCUGGUUUGUGUUGCGUUCAUGUUGCCAUGGUAAAUUGCGUUUCCCUGAGAACAUAAUUGGAUAUGUUUAGAUUAAACCAGGAGGUCAUUAACUACUCGACUGAAGCAUCACUGACUAGAUGAUGGAACCUAAACGGCUUUGUAGGGACAUGAUGGGUGAUUACUAAAGAGUCUCUGUUAUUGACUAGAGUUUUUUUAAACAUUAUCGGGCGUUUCAGAGAAAACGAGCUGAUGUGAUGCUGUGCUGCAUGAAGCAGCAGAUGUGAAGGUGCUUAUGGUUCUAGAGGCAGGCCUCUGGACACGGGAUCAUGCAGUUUAUUAGACGUUCACGUUGGAGAUGCCAUCCAACAGCUGGUCAAAGGUCCAAAAGGUGGUUAAAUAGGGUUCUGAUAGCUGAUCUCCGACCCUGGAUUCAACUAUGUACAUAUAGUUCACUACCAAAAACCGUACUUGACUGUUUAUUUUUGCUUGGUGAGCGUCUUCACAGGGUUCCACCAUAGAGCUUCCCACAGAGUCUACCAAAUGCUGAGCGACAGGAACGUCCGACUUUUACUAAACUGUCUACACUGUGUAUAUAUUACAACACACACAGUUAUUGGCCUUUAUUGGAGAAAAAGGGACAAUGUGUUUAUGCAACGCGUCUGUUUUCAUUUCAGGGUGAUGAACCUAAUCGUCCACAUUGUGCGAGGUGUGUUUGAGUGGUUCAGUCAGUGCUUAACGAGUUACAGGGCUAACGAACAGGCGUCAUUGUUCUGGAGUCUGUCACCAAUGAUUCUGUUUUGUUUUUGUUUUUUUUUGUUUUGCAUUUUUUUGUCAUUUGCAAAAUGUUUUACCACCUUUUAUUCCCAGCUCUGACAUUUUGUUCCACUCUGCUUGAUAAAAUCAAAAUAAACUACAAGAGACUACA